CAUCCUUCUUCACAUGAAUACAACCUCAUUUAUACUCUGUGAUAAUCUCAAAAACACAGCAUCUCGUCUCCCAACUCACCUAAAUCAGCAUCUCAGAUACUUAGACAUGGCCCUUCCUCCGAAAUUCGCCGGGCAGAAGCUCCAGUUCGCCCACCCUCCCGCCUCCGACUCAGCCGUCGCUCACACAACUCACACUCUCGAGUUCUACCUCGACUACUGCUGUCCCUUCUCCGCCAAGAUCUUCCGCACGCUGCAAAACGACGUGAUCCCCGCCAUCAAGGCCAACCCAGCCUGGGCAUCCAGCCUCACCUUUAUCUUCCGCCAGCAGAUCCAGCCAUGGCAUCCUUCUUCCACGCUCAUGCACGAAGCUGCUCUAGCUGUUCUUCGUCUUGCGCCUGAGAAGUUCUGGGAGUUUAGCGCUGUGUUGUUCGAUGAGCAGCAGGACUACUUUGAUGUGAACGUUGUGAACGAGAAGAGAAAUGAUACGUAUCGUCGUUUGGCAAAGGUUGCGGCCAAGGUUGGCGUUGAUGCGGAUAAGGUGUUUGAACUACUUGUGAUCUCUGACAAGCCUGGCGAGGAUGGGGCGCUGAAUGCGGGUAACAAGGUCACCAAUGAUGUCAAGGUUAUCACCAAGAUGAAUCGUUUGGUUGGCGUGCAUGUCACUCCUACUGCAGUGUUUGAUGGUGUUGUGCAGGAUGUUAGCUCUGGAUGGACAAAGGAGCAGUGGAUUGAGUGGCUACAGAAGAAUGUCGUUUGACUUGAAUCAGAGAAUAGACAUAAGAGCCAUAAACUCUGAAUGGAAUAAAUGAAUCAUGGUAUAGACAAUUGAAGCUGUCACCAAAUCUUCCGA